UUCAUAGGUACUUUCCCUUACUUCUCUUUCAUCUUCAAGGCAAACUAUGUCUCAGAUUUGGCUUCAUAGUUGUCCUUCCAUUGCGUUUCUUCCACCAGAAACAAUCAAGAAACAAUGGCCAAUCAAUGGUUAAACGACAAUCAGUUGCCAGCGAAUUUCCAUCAAUGGUUCGAAGAAAACCAGGCCCCGGAUUCCGAGUUAAUGUCCAACAACCCGUUAAGCCCUGUGCCAACCAUUCAGAACAUCGUCUCGACGGUCAACCUGGACUGCGACUUAAAUCUUGCAGAGAUCUCGCUCAAAACAAGGAAUUCAGAGUACAAUCCCAAGCGCUUUUCUGCUGUUAUCAUGAGGAUUAAGGAGCCAAAGACGACAGCCCUGAUUUUCGCGUCCGGGAAGAUGGUCUGCACCGGAGCAAAGACGGAACAACAAUCGAGGCUGGCGGCCAGGAAGUUUGCCCGGGUUGUCCAGAAAGUUGGUUUCCCUGUCAGGUUCAGUGGGUUCAGGAUUCAGAGCAUGGUUGCUUCUUGCGAUGUUAAGUUCCCCGUCAGAUUGGAGAACAUGAUUUGCGGGCAUGGAGUGUAUUCAGUUUACGAGCCGGAGAUAUUUCCAGGGCUGAUUUACAGGAUGAAGAAACCCAAGGUCACGAUUCUGGUUUUUGCAUCCGGAAAGAUUGUGAUUGCCGGAGCCAAGGAGAAGGUGACUGUUCAAGAAUGUCGGAAAAGAAAGAGAGGUCGAUCAUGUUAUAUGAUACUCUUCCUUUUGUUCAUAUAUGUAGUUCAAUUUGGAUCAUGA